AUGGAGAGAAAAACAGAGACGGGUCGAAGUCCCUCACAGGCAGUCGGAGUCCUCCACAGGCAGUCGGAGUCCUCCACAGGCAGUCGGAGUCCUCCACAGGCAGUCGGAGUCCUCCACAGGCAGUCGGAGUCCCCCCACAGGCAGUCGGAGUCCCCCACAGGCAGUCGGAGUCCUCCACAGGCAGUCGGAGUCCUCCACAGGCAGUCGAAGUCCUCCACAGGCAGUCGGAGUCCUCCACAGGCAGUCGGAGUCCUCCACAGGCAGUCGAAGUCCUCCACAGGCAGUCGGAGUCCUCCACAGGCAGUCGGAGUCCUCCACAGGCAGUCGGAGUCCUCCACAGGCAGUCGGAGUCCCCCCACAGGCAGUCGGAGUCCUCCACAGGCAGUCGGAGUCCCCCACAGGCAGUCGGAGUCCCCCACAGGCAGUCGGAGUCCCCCACAGGCAGUCGGAGUCCCCCACAGGCAGUCGGAGUCCCCCACAGGCAGUCGGAGUCCCCCACAGGCAGUCGGAGUCCCCCACAGGCAGUCGGAGUCCUCCACAGGCAGUCGGAGUCCUCCACAGGCAGUCGGAGUCCCCCACAGGCAGUCGGAGUCCCCCACAGGCAGUCGGAGUCCCCCACAGGCAGUCGGAGUCCCCCACAGGCAGUCGAAGUCCUCCACAGGCAGUCGGAGUCCCCCACAGGCAGUCGGAGUCCCCCACAGGCAGUCGGAGUCCCCCACAGGCAGUCGGAGUCCCCCACAGGCAGUCGGAGUCCCCCACAGGCAGUCGGAGUCCCCCACAGGCAGUCGGAGUCCUCUCCUCCACAGGCAGUCGGAGUCCUCCACAGGCAGUCGGAGUCCUCCACAGGCAGUCGGAGUCCUCCACAGGCAGUCGGAGUCCUCCACAGGCAGCCGGAGUCCUCCACAGGCAGCCGGAGUCCCCCACAGGCAGCCGGAGUCCCCCACAGGCAGCCGGAGUCCCCCACAGGCAGCCGGAGUCCCCCACAGGCAGUCGGAGUCCCCCACAGGCAGUCGGAGUCCUCCACAGGCAGUCGGAGUCCUCCACAAGCAGUCGAAGUCCCCCGCAGGCAGUCGAAGUCCCCCACAGGCAGUCGAAGUCCCCACAGGCAGUCGAAGUCCCCCACAGGCAGUCGAAGUCCCCCACAGGCAGUCGGAGUCCUCCACAGGCAGUCGGAGUCCUCCACAGGCAGUCGGAGUCCCCCACAGGCAGUCGGAGUCCCCCACAAGCAGUCGAAGUCCCCCACAGGCAGUCGAAGUCCCCCCACAGGCAGUCGAAGUCCCCCACAAGCAGUCGGAGUCCUCCACAGGCAGUCGAAGUCCCUCACAGGCAGUCGAAGUCCCCCCACAGGCAGUCGAAGUCCCCCCACAGGCAGUCGAAGUCCUCCACAGGCAGUCGAAGUCCCCCACAAGCAGUCGAAGUCCCUCACAGGCAGUCGAAGUCCCCCCACAGGCAGUCGGAGUCCUCCACAGGCAGUCGGAGUCCUCCACAGGCAGUCGGAGUCCUCCACAGGCAGUCGGAGUCCCUCACAGGCAGUCGAAGUCCCCCGCAGGCAGUCGAAGUCCCCCACAUCAGUCGGAACUUUCCACAAACAGUCGAAGCCUUGUUUAA